AUGACGCAAAGAUCAGAUGCGGAAGGGAGCAAGAAAGCCAACUUUUUUUGGGAUGACAAAUCUGACUAUGAUGAUGUAGGAAAGAUAUAUGUACAAUAUUCUCCUCAAGGCAUCAAAUCCAUUCGGUUCGACUAUGUCAAUAGUGGAAAACUGAUCGAUGGUUCCUUUCAUGGUUCUUCAUAUUAUACUUACAAGCAGACGUUUGAGAUAAACCACCUGAAAAAUGAACAUCUUGAAUCUGUUGAGGGAUACUACACAUAUGACAAUGGGAUUCAAGCACUUCAAUUCAAAACCAACUUGAAGAUUUCUGAACCGAUGGGAUAUCAUGACAUUGACGGGUGUAAAAAGUUUGUACUAGCAGUAGAGGGGAAAAAAAUCAUUGGGUUUCACGGAUCAUCUUCUUAUGGGGUGUACUCUCUAGGAGCAUAUUUCAGUAAGAUUGAUCCUACUAGAAUAGAAGCAAUAGGGAGCACUGUAGGCAAGGAGUGGGAUGAUGGAGUCGACCAGGCAUGUUUUACAAAGAUACAUGUACGAACUGGUCGUGAAUGCAUACAAUUUAUCAAGUUUGAGUAUGUCGACAAGGAUGGGCAUCUUAAAGAUGGUCCUAUCCAUGGUUCUAUUUCUAGCAGAGGUUGCCCACACGUGUUUGAGAUUGAUCAUGUUGACGAGGAAUAUCUGGUGUCAGUUGAGGGCUACUACGAUGAAGAAUCUGAGGUCAUUCAAGCACUUCAAUUCAAGACUAACAUCAAGACUUCUGAACUUAUGGGAUCCCACAAGGGUAAAAAGUUUAGACUUGCAGCUAGUGGAAUGAAGAUUGUUGGGUUUCAUGGAUACGCUAAGAAGAAUCUAAACUCUCUUGGAGCAUAUUUCACAAGGCUUACUCCUACAAAAUUAAACUACCAUAGUAUUACUGAUACAAGCUCUCGUUGGGAUGAUGGAGCUUUUGAUGGUGUCAGAAAGGUGACUGUUUCAUACGGAAGUAGUUAUAUAAACUGGCUGGGGUUUAACUAUGACAACGAUGGCAAAGUAGAAAAGCGUCACCAUGGAAUUGAAAAUUCCCACACUGACAAAGAAUUUGUGGUUGACUAUCCGAAUGAAUAUAUCACGUCUGUGGUAGGGACUUUCAUAACCACGGGUAGAAAUUAUCUUACGUCAUUGGCUUUCAAAACAUCAAAGGGGAGAACCUCUCAAAAAUUUGGAGACGGAACUUCUGAUUCAGUUGAAUUUGUCCUAGAGAGCAAAGGUUGUGCUAUUGUUGGAUUUCAUGGAUGGUUGAUUCCUAAUGUUAUUUCUGCUCUUGGUGCAUAUUAUUAUCCGAUGCCUCUUCCUCCUGCUGCGGAAAAGCUAGAAGGACAAGGUGGUGAUGGAGGAUCUCCAUGGGACGAUGGCAGUAAUUUCGAAGGUGUUAGAAAGAUAUACAUUGGGACAGGUGAGAUAGGUAUCGUAUCCGUCAAGUUUCUGUAUGAAAAUGACACUCAGGAGAUAGUAGUGGGAGAUCAUCAUGGGAACAAGAACCUUCUUCGACAUCAAGAGUUCGAGCUAGACUAUCCGAGCGAGUACCUCACAUCAGUGGAAGGUAGUUAUGAUGUAGUACCUGGAAGUGAUUUUGAAGUUAUUCUCAUGCUUAAGUUCACCACCAACUUGCGAACAUCUCCAUGUUAUGGUCUCGAUGAUGACACAAGUUUCGUGCUCCACAAGGAAGGUCACAAGAUCGUCGGGUUCCAUGGGAAAUCAAGUAGCAUGCUUCAUCAACUUGGCACCCACGUGCUCCCCAUCACCCACUCCUGAGUCUUGAAUGAUCAUCUUUAU